AUAAAAGAAAAGAAAGACAUAGUCAAUUGAGUAUACUUUCCUGUUCACAUAGUACCCCAUAAGGCAACCUCUCUGGAAAUUAUCCAAUGAGAAUCUAGAACAGAAGUGCUGAAACCAGAAGAGAGGCAACAAAGAGAAGCACUCAAAGAAGAGUCGAAAAAACACUUGGGAAAAAAUGCAAUCACUUUGCAUAAAAGAGGCUUCAACAGCCUGUUUUAAUGGUUGCUGCCCAGCUUCAUUUCUCACCCUGCCUGGGCCCCAUGGUUCCACACCCAACUCCACCACCAGCGCCACCGUUUCCCAGUUUGAUUUCGCCACUGCCGCGGCUUCAUCUCUCCACCCCAACACCCAAUUUACCAACCAUGAAUCCAUCCCUCCGUUAUCUGAAUUGUGUUGUAAUUUCAACAAAGCAUUUCCACAAUACUCAAGAACCCGUCAGGCCGACGAGAUUCGAGCACAGGAUUAUUAUCAUCUCUCCCUUUCAAACCAUGUUUGUCUUGAUUACAUUGGUCAUGGCCUCUUCUCUUAUUCCCAGCAACAGGGUCAUUACUCCACUGCUGCAAUGGCCUCAUCAUCAUCGUCAUCUCCGCCUCUAACGCAGAAUUCAAAUGCCUCCACUGUGCCCUUCUUUGAAAUUUCAUACAAGUCGGCAAAUUUGAAUUCUCAGGUACUGUACGGUGGCCAAGAAUCGAAAUUUGAAUCUGUAAUCCGAAAAGGAAUCAUGAGAUUCAUGAAUAUUUCCGAAGAUGAUUACUCCAUGGUUUUCACUGCAAACCAAUCAUCUGCUUUCAAACUUGUAGCAGACUCUUAUCCCUUCCAGUCUAAUCCAAAUCUUGUUACCACUUAUGAUCACCAGAGUGAUGCAGUUGAAGCAAUAAUCGAUACAUCGAAGAAGAAAGGUGCCCGAAUAAUGUCGGCCGAGUUUUCGUGGCCUUCUCUCAGAAUCCAUUCGAGAAAACUAAGGAAGAUGUUGGUGAGUAAGAGAAAUAAAAGGAAAAGGGGACUGUUUGUUUUCCCACUUCAGUCUAGAAUAACUGGAACUCGGUAUUCUCAUCAAUGGAUGAGCAUUGCAAGAGAGAAUGGUUGGCAUGUCUUGCUUGACGCUUCUGCAUUAGGAGCUAAGGAUAUGGAGACUUUGGGUCUCUCUCUUUUUCAGCCAGACUUUCUCAUUUGCUCCUUUUUCAAGGUCUUUGGGGAAAACCCAUCUGGGUUUGCUUGCUUGUUUGUGAAAAAGUCCAGUGCCUCAGUGUUAAAGAAUUCCACUACAAGCACAGGGAUUGUUAGUAUUGUACCAGCUUCAAGAUUAUAUGAUUCUCUUGACCAAUCAGCCAUUACUAAUAUAGAUACCAAACAACAAAUAAAAUUUGAGUUAGAGAAAGAUGAAUCAGAUUUGCCAUUGCCAAGCUCAUCAUCCAGCUCAAUUUCUGGUCAGAAGAGUGAAAAAAGUUCUGAAAAAAUCCAAGAAAUCGAACAAGUCCGGUUGAAACAGAAGGAACUAUCGUUCACAGAAAUUGUAGAAUUGGACAAACCACAGUACACAACGCAAUGCGAAAGAAUUGGUACUAGUAUGAGUGAGAGUGCAGAGAUUCAAUGUAGGGGCUUGGAUGAUGCGGAUUCUUUGGGGUUGAUCCUGAUCAGUAGCAGAGUAAGGUAUCUGGUCAACUGGGUGGUGAAUGCAUUGAUGAGUCUUCUACACCCACAUUCUGAAAAUGGAUUUCCCUUGGUUAGAAUCUAUGGACCAAAGUUAAGAAUUGACCGAGGACCAGCUGUUGCAUUUAAUAUAUUUGAUUGGAAAGGGGAAAUAGUUGAUCCAACACUUGUACAGAAGCUAGCUGGAAGAAACAACAUUUCUCUUGGCUAUGAAUUCUUGCAUAACAUCUGGUUCUCUGACCAGCAUGGUAAAGAGAGAGAGAGGGUGUUAGAGAGAAGAAGUAUAGAAGAUGGAACAGUGGGAAGAAAGAGGAGACCAGAGAGAUAUGAAACUGGUAUACCUGUGAUCACUGCUUCACUGGGGUUCUUGACAAACUUUGAUGACAUGUACAGGCUCUGGGCAUUUGUUUCCAGGUUUUUGGAUGCAGAUUUUGUGGAGAAAGAGAAAUGGAGAUACAUGGGUCUUAAUCGAAUGACUGUUGAAGUAUAGAGUAAACUAAUUGUUUCAUUCUUUCUACACAAUGAUG